AUGAAUCUCUCGCUUGUCGACCCCUUCGUCCUAGCUCAGGACUACCCAGACACGUUAUCAGAGAAAUUACGAAGUGGGCAUGCGACAUGCCUACGCUUCAAUCGCAAGGGUGAUUAUCUGGCGUCUGGGCGGGUAGAUGGCACCGUUGUUAUCUUCGACGUUGAGACGAAUGGCGUUGCGCGCAAACUGAAGGGCCACAUCCGGCAAAUCCAGUCACUCAGUUGGUCCAGAGACGGUCGCUAUCUUCUGAGCUCUUCCCAGGACUGGAAGUGUAUCCUGUGGGAUCUGAAAGACGGUUCUCGGGUGCGCACCGUCCGUUUUGAAGCUCCUGUAUAUAUCGCAGAACUCCAUCCUUACAACCAUCUGCUAUUUGUAGCCUCCCUCUUCGAAGAUCAGCCCGUUCUUGUCGACAUCUCGUCCGCGAAACCCAUCAAACGCAUCCUUCCCUCCGCGCCGUUUCGCGCCGCACCCUCCAAAGACGAGGAGGUCGACCCCGCUGUCGCCGCCAAACAAGCCGCGCAAGAUGCAAAGCACUCCACUUGUGUCACCGUCUUCACGGCGCUCGGCAAUCAUAUAAUAGCCGGCACAUCAAAAGGCUGGAUCAACAUCAUCGAAACCCAAACUUGCACUACCAUCCACUCCACGAAACUAUGCGCCGCUGUUAUUAUCCUCCUCCGCCUCGCCAGCAACGGCCGCGAUGUUCUAGUUAACAGCUCCGACCGCGUCAUCCGCACAAUCCUCAUGCCCGACCUCUCUCAACUCGGCAUCGACCUCGAACCAACCAACAUAAAACUCCAAGUCGAGCACAAAUUUCAAGACGUUGUCAACCGCCUGAGUUGGAACCACGUCACCUUCUCCUCAACCGGCGAAUUCGUCACCGCAUCCACCUUCAUGAACCCCGAUAUCUACGUCUGGGAACGCAGCCACGGCUCCCUCGUCAAAAUCCUCGAAGGCCCCCGCGAAGAACUCGGCGUCGUAGAAUGGCACCCAAACCGCCCAUUCGUGGUCGCAUGCGGCCUUGAAUCCGGCUGCAUCUACACCUGGACCAUUGUCACCCCGCAAAAAUGGUCCGCGCUCGCCCCGGACUUCGGCGAGGUCGAAGAAAACGUCAUCUACGCCGAGCGCGAGGAUGAAUUCGAUAUCCACCCCGCUGAGGAAAUCCACCAGCGCCGCCUUGACGCUGAAGAUGAGGAGCCGGACGUCCUUACCAUCGAGCCAUCCAAGAGCGGCGAUAUAGAGUCCUUCCGUAUGCCGGUGCUGCUGGAUUUAUCUGAUAGCGAGAGCGAAGAGGAUAUCGUUGCUGUUGGGCCAGGUACUAUGCGGCGCCGGAGUCCGGGGGCUGGAAGUAAGUGGAACGUGAAUGGUGAUGGUGAGAAGGAGGGGCGGAAUGGGGCGACCGGUCGAGGGGCAAGGGGAAGACGACGAUGA